UAUCUGAAUGACUGAACGAGUAAAUAAAAUAAAAUAAAAAUAAAAAUAAAAAGCGAAAAUCUACAUUGUAAUUUCGCUGAAACAAUAUCCGAUAUCGUCGCACGUCGCACAUCACCGUCGUUUGUACAACACGAUAAUAUCGUCUUCACGUCCACCCGUCACAUCAUCGUCGUCGCCGUCUCUGUCCGCGGUUCAUUACAGGUUUUGUCAAAGUCCGAUAGGAAACUUAAUCGAACGACCAUCAUAAAACCAAUUAUAUCCGAUCCCGAUGAUAUGCGCCAUGAGAUGGAAGAUUAGACAUACAGUUUGUCGUUUUUAUUGAAUCGUAAAAUUAAUAAAAGUUUUAUCAGAGCACUACUAUGGGUCAGACACUAUCAGAACCGGUGACUGCAAAACAUACGGAAAGUUGUCAGAAUCAGUAUUUAAAAGUUGGUUCCAGCUCUAUGCAAGGAUGGAGAAUCAACAUGGAAGAUUCCCACACUCAUAUACUGGCACUUCCGGAUGAUCCGAAAGCUGCAUUUUUUGGAGUUUAUGAUGGUCAUGGUGGAGCAAGAAUAGCACAGUAUGCUGGCAAGAAUUUACAUAAAUUUAUUACCAAGAGGCCAGAAUAUGAAGAAAAUAAAAUUAGUGAUGCCUUACAAUUGGGUUUUAUGGAUAUGGAUACUGCUAUGGCUGAAGAUGAAGUGUUAAAAGAUGAGCUUGCUGGGUCAACUGCUGUAGUUGUUUUAGUUAAAGAUAAAAAAAUGUAUUGUGCAAAUGUUGGAGAUUCAAGAGCGAUUGCAUCAGUAUGUGGUAAAGUUGAACCAUUAUCAUAUGACCACAAACCAAAUAAUGAGUUAGAAACUAAAAGGAUUGAAGCAGCUGGUGGUUGGGUCAUGUUUAACAGGGUGAAUGGCAACUUAGCUCUAUCCAGAGCUUUAGGUGAUUACAUAUUCAAAAAAAAUGACCAAAAAAAAUUAGAUGAACAAAUUGUUAUUGCCUGGCCUGAUAUCGAAGUAAAAUCAGUUACAAAGGACUUAGAAUUCAUUGUCUUAGCAUGUGAUGGCAUUUGGGAUGUAAUGACUAAUGAAGAAGUUGUAGAGUUUGUGCGUUUCCGUGUCAGCAAUGGCAUGGAGCCUGAGGAUAUAUGUGAAGAUUUAAUGACAAGGUGUCUAGCACCCAAUGGUCAAAUGGGAGGUCUUGGGUGUGACAAUAUGACAGUUGUAAUAGUUUGUUUCCUAGGCGAAGACCGUACUUGGAAAGAAUUACAAGUACAAUGUUCUAAACCUUCAGCUGCAAAAUCAAUAAACUACCCAAGUAGUGGCUCCCCACCAUUAAGUCCCAAAUCCAAGCACUAGUAUUUUCUUGAGCAUUGUUUUAUUUAUACUUUAUUUUACUUUGGUUCUCACACAUCAUUUGUUUUUUGGCAAUAAAUUAAUAUUAAUAAUAAUAAUAAUUGUGUACAUAAUAGCACUGGGAAAAUAUUUUAAAUUGUUUGUGUCAUAAUAUUAUAUUUUACUUAACAUUUUUUUCCUUUUUAUAAUUAUCUCUUGUAGAUAAAAAGUAAUAUAAUUUCCCUAUAUAAAUCCCAAGUCAUUUUUGUAUUUAUAUAAGUUUUUUUUUAUAUAUAUAUAAUAUGCUAUGAUAUACUAAUGUCUAAUACAUAAUUGGAACACUAAUGAUGUAAAUAACAAUUUCAUGUAACACACUAGUCCAUCCAGUACUUUAGAGGAUGAUGUUAAUUUUUAGAGCAUGAGUUGAAAAUGAAACAAAAUUAUACAUAAAUAUUUUAAUACGAAACAUAGUGCGUUAAAUGUUAUGUAAUUUUAAACAAAAUAUUUGUACAAUCAGACGUUUAGUUUUUAGCACCCAAAGGACUGGCCGUAUUAUAAUUUUUGUGAAUGAAUAUUAAUAAAAUAAUAGUACAACUUGUAUUUGUUAAA